UCACUUCACUCUCUCAUUUAGCAAAUGGAAACGUGGGGCUUAAGGACUACUUGUAGUAGCAGUGUUUCUGCCACCUACUAAUGUCAGGCUGACAGAUAAACAGUAGCUGUGUUUCUUCUACUGUGGGAAUCCCCGUAAGCAUCCGUUGUGUCCUUGGCCAGGAAGCCCCAUUGAUGAAAGAGGUUUAGGGCCUUGUCUCCAGAGGUGUCCUUUCACAACAUGCCAAUGCCUGGGGAUAUCUGGGGACUACCACUGCGUCACUCACAAGACUUCCUCAUCAGCCCAAAGCUUCUUGCUUGACUCAGCACAUGACUUGCUGUUAAUCCAGGGGCUGUGUUGCAAUCUGGGGCAGCAGCUGCCAAUGGGGCAUGUAGAGCAGGGGAAACUUGGAGAUGUUGAAAGGCCAUUGGAACUAACCGCCCAUCACUCCCCUUCAAACAUGUAUAAAAGGAAGAGACUCAGCCUCUCCAUCCUGGGCUUUGCAGGCGCAGGACAUCUCUCUGUGGCAUCAUGUGGGCCAAGAAUAUUACGGGGAACUUUGCUAAUGUGAUCCAUGGGUUGAAUUCAAGCCACCUGACCGACCGAGUCAUUCAGAGGAGCAAACGGAUGAUUCUGGAUACUUUGGGGGUCGGACUGGUGGGCACCAGAACCGACAUCUUCCAGAAGCUCAUCCAGUACAGCAAGAUCUACAGCUCGGAUUCAUCCAGUUCUGUCUGGGGAUGCUCAACGCUCAAGCUGCCUCCGCUCUACGCAGCAUUGGUGAACGGGGUGGCGAUACACUCCAUGGAUUUUGAUGAUACGUGGCAUCCAACCACCCAUCCUUCGGGGCCAGUGCUGUCAGCCCUCAUGGCCGUUGCUGAAGGUGUGGCUGAAAAACAAAGGAUUUCUGGCUGUGACUUGCUCUUGGCUUUCAACGUUGGGAUUGAGGUGCAAGGCAGACUGAUGAGCUUCUCCAAGGAGGCCAGCAAUCUUCCUAAAAGGUUCCACCCACCCUCCAUUCUUGGCACCAUGGGAAGUGCUGCAGCCACCGCAAAACUCCUGGGUUUCGACCAAUCCAAGUGCAAGGAAGCCCUGGCUGUAGCCGCCUCGUAUGCCGGUGCCCCACUGGCCAACGCAGCCACCCAGACCAAACCACUUCACAUGGGCAAUGCCAGCCGGCAUGGUGCGGAAGCGGCUUUCCUGGCCUCUCUGGGCCUGCAAGCCAGCAAACUGAUUCUGGACCUCGAGUCAGGGUUUGGGGCCUUUUACACAGAUUACCUGCCCCAGACACUGCCAAGCCUGCAGUCGUACUCUUGGUUGUUGGAUCGACAAGAUGUGGCCUUCAAGAGCUUCCCAGCACAUCUGGGGACACACUGGAUGGCUGAAGCUGCCCUGGCAGUAAGGAAGCACCUUGCACAGAGUGGGGGGCCCCUGCCCACUAGCCACAUCAAGGCCAUUGUGCUCGAUGUCCCCAGUAUUAGAUAUGUUGAUCGGCCAUUUCCUUCUUCUGAACAUGAAGCCAGGCACUCCUUCCAGUUUGUCGCCUGCGCAGCACUGCUAGAUGGCUUCAUCUCGGCCGAAUCCUUCAUUCCGCAGAGCCUGUCCAGGCCGGAGUUGAAUGGCCUCCUCCAAAAGACCAGUAUGAAGCAUUCUCCGGACAAUCUUCCCAGCUUCAACAGCCUUUACUGUGGGGUCAAAGUCAUCUUCCAAGAUGGAAACACUUGGGAAGAGCGUUGUGAAACCUUCUAUGGCCACUGGAGGAAGCCCUUGAGCCACAGGGAUUUGGUGAAGAAGUUCCACUGCAAUGCCACUGCUGCGGUCUCCCCAGAAGUGGCUGAAAGCCUAGUAGAAACAAUUGAUAAGCUGGAAAACCUGGAAGACUGCGGGGACUUAUUCUCACUUCUUCAAGGAGCUGAGCUGGCAAAAGAUUUGCGGCAACAGAAGAGGGAGACUUUGUGAGGCCUACCUGUCCCCAGAAGGACCUUCCUAGCCUGGGCUUAAUGAUCAGCCACAAUCUAGCAUCAUCUGAGCUUCCUUGAUUCCUGUCUAAUCUUAUGCACUUAUUUGUUAAACGGCCAUUACUUGAUUAAGUUCACACCUACUGAAGCAGUAGGUGUGAACUUAAAUAGACUCCAGAAGAUGGUAGAGGACAGGAAGACCUGGAGGAACAUUGUCCAUGGGGUCACGAUGGGUCGGACAUGACUUCGCAAUUAACAACAACAACUUGAGGACCAGAUUCUGAAUGGGUUCUCCCCUGUGGAAGAGUUGGAUAAUUUAUUGCCCCCACUGGCAAGGCAUGAACUAUGGUUCUCCUUGCACUAAUGCCAUGUACUGGUAGUCCUCAAUAUAUAACAGUUUGUUUAGUGGCCAUUCGAAGUUACAAAGGCACUGGGAAAAAAUGAAUUAUGACCGUUUUCCACACUUUGGGCUG